AUGUUCACAGAUCAAUGUGUUCGGAUUGGACUGAAGGUGAUUGAAGAGAUGCAAGUCGUGCAGAUGUUCGGAACAAGAGCGAAUCAGGACGAGGCACAAAUCUCCCAACACGCCAUGGCUGGCAAAACUUCAUUCAACAUUGAGAUCACGUCGUCACAAAACCAGGUCGCUGCGCCGUCUCUGUAA